GUAAUCCUAAUCACGUGUAAUGUGUUUGCGCUUCUGUUCUAUGAUGUGAUGUGGGGUCGACCAGUGUGGAAAUAUUAUAAUCCGUAAUAAUGAUUUCAUCCUUCAAAGUAGAGAGCUUAUAUCUCGUUAUUUUCUCAACUAGUCGUACUAAGGAAAGGCUGCAACAUUGAACUUGAUCUUUAACUGUAAGGCGAUGAUUACUUUGGAGACAUUUUCAUAAUCAUGAACCCCAGCCUAUACGACCGUGUUAAACCGGCUUUCUGAGUCUCCAAGGCAUAAUAUCGCCAACCAAUGGCAGACCAAAACUUACCACUGGAUGGACUUCCAGCCUUGGGUCGACCUAUGAAGCUCGGCAUGCUGUACGACUGCCGCAAUGACUCUAUCAUACCUGGGUCGACGCUAUGGGAUUCGCAAACCAUACAACGUCAUUACGAAGUGCUCCCUCAGCCUGGAGCUCAAACCACCAUCAUUGCAUCAGAUGGGAUGAACGAGAAGACAGCUGCCCUCGACAUGGAAGCAUCGUUGAAGGCGAGUGUCCUGUGUGGACUGGUUGAACUGGAGGGCUCAGCCAAGUUCCUUACCGACAAGCGAGUCUCUGAACGGCAGGCACGCCUGACGCUGCAUUACAAGACUACCACGAGGUUUGAGCAGUUGACAUUGAAAACCUUGGAGAAUGAAACUUUCCUCCAACCAGAUGUGUUUCUUAAUGGUGCUGCAACUCAUGUAGUAACAGGUAUUCUGUACGGUGCUCAUGCGUUUUUUGUUUUCGACAGAGAAUGUGGUGUUGGGGAUAACAUCCCAGAUGUGCAGGGAAAGAUGGAAGAUAUAGUGGAAAAGAUUCCCUUGUUGGACGGGGAGGGGAGUGAUUCAAUGAGAGAUGGUGGGGAUGAGGCAUUUGGUACUAAAGCAUGGGGUUGUACAUUUCAUGGAGAUUUUCUGGUGGAAAACAAACCAUCUAAUUACAGGGAAGCAGCUGAUAUGUUUAUAAAACUGCCCUCGAUGCUGGGUGGCAACGGGGAAAAUGCAGUACCAAUACGGGCGUGGCUAUGUCCAUUAGAAGGGUUAAACAAAGGGUCUGACUCGUCGGGGAAGAAAACCACUAGGCAGGUUAACAUUAACUUGAUAAAUCAAUCCCAGGGGAUAGUAGAGAAACUGGAUCAAUUACAGGUUAAAUGUAGUACCAUGGUGAUGCAAGAUGUGUGCAAGAUAUUCCCUCAGUUUCCAUUGAAACUGGGCAAAAUGAAGAAGAUCAUAUCUGAUCAUAAGGUGUCAUUUCAAAAGUAUCUGGCGGAAAAGUUGCCUGCAAUUCGCGGGGGUAGUGUGGAAGAGGCCACACUGGCCGAGGGUAUUCGUGAGUUAGUAAAGUCCCCGUGGAGUCCGAACCGACUCCUUGAGUGGAUCGAAAACAAAGAUAAGGAAAUGGGUAUCUUGCAGGCUUACAUGCGACUCUUUGCCGGAAUUCAGAUCGUACAAUCGCGUGCAGACUUACAGAAGUUGACUUUUGAUCCUCGGAUUGAAUGCCUUGUGUGCUUUUCGUUUCCUGCCGGGGACGAGAACGGUUACCUCGAUAGCUCGGCCGCGUAUCUUAAAACAAAUGCAUCAGAUUCUUGUCCCGUUAGUAAAGGUUGGUUUGAUGACAUAACAACAUCCAGGAAUGUCAGGAAACAUGCAAAAAGUUUCAUGGAUCUUUCUCAGGCGAAUCAGAAGAAGACGGAUAUUGUCUUUGUUGUGAUAUGUUUCGACGAGGGUGAAAAGCAGCCUCCAGAGAAAGGGCCCAUUUCGUUGUACGAGCUCGGUAUUUUGACCACUACGGGGUUCGAACCACCAGGAAGACCCGGUAAACCAUCUAUCACAAACAAGUCCCAUGACGAAAUCUGGCUAGAGUGGCAACCUCCUGAUUGUGGAACGGCUGAAGUGCAGCGGUAUCUUGUGCAGUUCAGGAAGACGAGUGAAUGUCAAUCGGGAGGAACAACCCGGUGGAACGAAGUUCACUCAAAGUCAAACAAGAGAAAAAUUCUACUUGAGAAUUUGGAGCCCUUCACUUCUUAUGAGGUCAAAGUCUCCUGCAUUUGUAAAGUCGGCUCAAGUCUGGAGAGUGAAGCCAGUGAUGAAUGUACAACACUCCCUGCCGGUCCACCGACACAAGUGAGGAAACAGAAAGAGUCGAAAGAUCAGAUAACCAUCGUGUGGGAACAACCGGAGCAAGUUGGUAAGGGAGUGGUCAUCGAGAAAUACUUAAUCAAAUACAAACAUACUGGUGGACCCUCCUCGACUGCCGUUACAACUGAGACCAAAAACACCAGCGAUUCUUCAUGUUCCUUUACAAUUCAGGGUGCAGAAGCCAAGGUGAAGUACAGCAUUUGGGUCACAGCUGUGUGUGGCAAAGCGGGAAUGGGUGUGGUGAGUGAGCGAGUUGAGCUCUUUAAUGGAUCAAUCCAAAGAGUCGAGAAAUAUGCACACAAACUCGCUCGAAAGGCUCCUUUAAUAUCGCCGGGCGUUAACGGGACACCAUCGAUUUACAAAGUUCCCCUGACCAAAGUUCCAGUGCGUCCCAAUGCGAAGUACUUCAGUUACAAUUUUGGGAAAAGGUAUAGCGCAAGUCGUACACACAAAGUGAUAAUGGUGGUUGGCGCGACCGGUGCCGGUAAAAGUACCCUGAUAAACGGAAUGAUCAACUUCAUUCUUGGGGUGGACUGGGGUGACGAGUUUAGGUUCAAGAUUAUCGAUGAACACGGGGAAGGGAGCAAGUCGCAAGCACACAGUCAAACACAAUGCAUCACAUCAUACACCAUCAACAAGAAGAAAUGUCACCACAUUUCCUACACCUUGACCAUUAUUGAUACUCCUGGAUUUGGAGAUACCCGGGGUAUUGAACGAGACAAGGCAAUCAUCGAGCAAAUUCGAGAUUUCUUCUCGCACCCAGAUGCCCAUCGCGUGGAUCACAUUGACGCUAUAGGGUUCGUGGCACAAUCGUCACAGGCACGGUUAACCUGUCCCCAGCGUUACGUUUUUGACUCUAUUCUGUCAAUCUUCGGCAAGGACAUUUCCCAAAACAUCCUUCUCCUUGUGACGUUCGCAGAUGGUCAGCGACCACCGGUCAUAAACGCAGUUAGAGAGGCUGACAUUCCUUGCUAUGACAGCAUGUUCAAGUUUAACAACUCAGCAUUGUUUGCAAACACCAAAGGCAUUCCUGCAGAAGCAGGCACCGACGCCAUGUUAGACAGCGGUUCCGGUGACGAAGGUAAUGCCGAUUUUGACAAAAUGUUCUGGAAUAUGGGAGAACGGAGCAUGCGCAAUUUUUUUGCGGCUCUCGAAAAGUUGGAAUCAAAAAGUCUUUCCCUUACUAAGGAAGUCUUGGAGGAACGCAGACGUUUGGAGGUUGCUGUUGAAGGAUUACAACCCCAGAUCCGGAUGGGUGUUUGUAAAUUCGAGGAGUUGAGGAAAGAGCACCAGAUCCUUGAGCAGCACGAGGUAGAGAUCGAGGCAAACAAAGAGUUCAGGUACGAGGUUGAAGUUCCAAAGAGCAAACAAGUAGAUAUUUCCUGCUCUGGUAAGUACAUUACGAAUUGCGCCAAGUGUCAUUACACUUGUCAUUAUCCUUGUGCGUAUGCCAAUGACGCCGAUAAGCAAAAGUGUUCGGCUAUGAGAUAUGGAGCUUGUACUGUCUGUCCAGGGAAAUGUGUAUGGGAUGUCCAUUUCAAUCAGAAGUACAGGUUCGAAUACUACAGCGAGAUGGAGCAGCGAUCGUACGCCGAGCUAGAGGACCGAUAUAAAGACGCAACUGGCAAGAAACUAACCGUCGAACAAGUCAUUCGCAAACAUGAGCAAGAGUUUCUCAAUGUACAGAAAUGCGUGUUUGUCUUGAUUACGGAUUCGCAUAAAAGUUUGCAGCGACUGGAAGCGAUUGCGUUGAAGCCGAACCCGUUGAGUACCGUUGAGUAUGUAGAUCUGUUGAUCGAGUCAGAGAAGAACGAGGUGAAGCCCGGAUGGCGGUCUAGAGUGAAUGCUCUUCAAGACAUUCGCAAACAGGCAGAUAUUAUGUCAAAGGUCAAGCAGGGAAACUUUGAUCCAUUCGAGCACUACAAAAGAGAUUUUGAAACGCGUAAAGCAAAAACACCAAAGAAUCCAUGGUAUAAAUUUUGGUGAAAUGGGUAGGCUUGGUUACAAGAAAAUCGCAUGGAUUUCUUCCCAGCCUCGCUAACAUGCAUGGGUAGCGCGCCGUUUCGCCCGUCGGGAAGUCUAUUCUCGCUAAACCAUACGCGCAGUAUCGCCCGCUAGCUCUGCGCAAGUCUAAUCGUUGGUUCGAUUGCUACAGACAGUUGUCAUCAUCAUCGGUCGAAGAAAAGUGCGCCCUCUGUCGGUGUAUCAAUGUCACGUUACGAGUACGAGAUAGGGACGUCUUGGAUCAAGACUAGUGAGUAGGCCAAAUACGCCGAUUUAUUAGCUCAAUCAUUGACACGCUGACCAAUAAUUAUACAGCUAUAAAAAUUGCGCAGAAAAGUCUUCUGAUAAAUGAAAAGAAACGAUUGCAUGCAACGACUGCCUCGCUAUGCUCAUUGUAAUGUUCACUUCUUGCAACACCAUAUUAAUUUGGUUUAUCAUGAGUAAUUCUUCUAAUAUAAA